AUGGUGAGGAGGAAGUACCGAAUCGAUCCAGCAAUGAUGGCUACCCCUGCGACCCCUCCAACAACACCGCCUGCAAUGGCCCCGACGUUUGUUCCCGACGACGGUAAAGGCGUAGCUGCGGGGGUUGGUUCAAUUGUCUGGGUGCUUUCUGAUGCUGGAGUCGACGUCAACAUUGAUGCCGAUGUCGACACUGAAGAUCCUAGAAUGGAAGUCGAAGUUGUUGAAGUCGUCGAUGGCUAA